AUGAAACUCUUCUCAAUCGCUAUCUGUCUCAUCGCCACCCUCUACACCGCAGCUCCUGCAACAGCCAUCAAGGAAGUCUGCAGCAAUGCCUGCGACUCGCCAAUUCCGUUCUGCAUCCAGGGAUACACUGCGACGCGUUUCAACGUUAAUACUCCCAACCAAUGCUGGCGAUACUGCCAGGCUAUUCCGGAUGAUUUGGGUAUGUCUAGAUCUGAGGGAAUAGUCUUUCGUGUCCUUCUGUCCCCAAUCGACGCUUUUUGA